AUGCUCACGUGGCUUCAGUGGAUCUUAGCAUUCUCCUUCGCCCUACUCACCCCGACCUACAUCACCCAAACGCCAGAUAACGCAACCACCCCCUCCUUGUCCCCAUCAUACCCACCGUGCAACAUGACCGUUCCGUUCCAGGUCAUCGAGUCGUCGGUCGACAAACCCGUGACUGACGACCGACAGUACCGAGUCAUCACGCUGGCCAACGGUCUGGAGGCCCUUCUCAUUCACGAUCCCGAUGCCGAUCGGGCCUCUGCAGCCAUGGAUGUCAAUGUUGGGUCCUUCAGCGAUCCCGUUGGCCUGCCGGGUCUCGCCCACUUUUGCGAGCACCUGCUGUUCAUGGGUACAGAAAAGUACCCGGAGGAAAACGACUAUUCCACCUACCUGUCCGAGCACUCGGGCUCCUCCAACGCCUACACCGCCUCUGAGGAAACCAACUAUUUCUUCGAUGUCGGACACGAGUACCUUGAGGGAGCAUUCGACCGAUUCGCCCAGUUCUUUGUGGCCCCUCUGUUCGCAGCCUCCGCCAAGGAUCGAGAGAUCCAGGCUGUCGACUCGGAAAACAAAAAGAAUCUGCAGAAUGACAUGUGGCGUCUCUUCCAGCUCGAGCGGUCUCUGUCCAACCCGGACCACCCUUAUAAUCGAUUUUCCACGGGAAACUACGAGACCCUACACACAGAGCCCCUGGAGAAAGGCAUGGACGUGCGAGAAGAGCUGCUCAAGUUCUACAAGGCGUCGUACUCCUCCAACAUCAUGAAAUUGGUCAUCUUGGGUCGAGAGUCCCUUGACACUCUCCAGAGCUGGGUCGUCGAGAAGCUCUCGUCCGUUGUCAACACCAACGCCACUCUGCCGGACUACGGUGUCCCUCUGCUCACCGAGGGCGAGCUCGGCACCCUGGUUAAGGCCAAGCCCAUCAUGGACACAAAGUCCAUCGAGGUCACCUUCCCCGUGCCCGAUACUCGAGAACACUGGGAGUCCCACCCUGGCCACUACUACUCCCAUCUUGUAGGGCAUGAGGGCCCUGGAUCCAUUCUCUUCUUCCUCAAAAACAAGGGGUGGGUCUCGUCGUGCUCCAGUGGGGCCGUGCAGGUGUGUCGAGGGGCUGGCGUCUUCACAAUCUCGUGCGAGCUUACCGACGCCGGUAUGAACCACUACAAGGAUGUGGUCGUGCACAUUUUCGAGUACCUGCGAAUGUUGCGAGACGAGCCCGUGCAGGAGUGGAUCUACGAUGAGAUGCGGGACGUGGCUCUUGCCAACUUCCGGUUUAGACAAAAGGAGAACCCUUCGUCCACCACCUCGCGACUUGCUACUGUGCUCCAGAAGAACCACCUGCCUCGACAGUACCUGCUGUCGUCGUCGCUGUUCCGAAAGUACUCGCCUGAGGUGAUCCAGGCAUUUGGCCGACACUUCACCACCGACAACUUCAAGAUCUUUCUGGUGGGCCAAGAGCUGGAGGGUCUCAACCAGACCGAAAAGUGGUAUGGCACCCAGUACUCCAACGACAAGAUUGAUGCCGACUGGAUGCGACGAGUCAAGAGCGCUGGUCGAAACCCCGACCUGCAUCUUCCCGCGCCCAACGAGUUCAUCCCCACAGACUUUUCUGUGCCCGACAAGCGAGCCAAGGAACCCCAGACUCACCCCACGCUGCUGCGAAACACAGACUACGUGCGGCUGUGGCACAAGCGGGAUGACACCUUUCUGGUUCCCAAGGCAACCGUGCGUAUCAGACUCAAGAACCCCAUUGGUCACGCCGACCCCUUCAAUAGCGUUAAAACUACGCUACUAAUCGAGGUUGUCACAGACCUGCUGCUGGAGUUUGCAUACGCCGCCGAGAUUGCCGGACUCAAGUAUGGCGUGCUUGCCUCUCGAGACGGCGUGGAGAUCGACCUCAACGGAUACAACCACAAGCUUGAGACGCUGCUAGAGCGGAUUCUGCUCAAGAUCAAAAAUUUCGACGUCGACCAGUCGCGGUUCAACAUCGUCAAGGAGACUGUGUCCAAGACAUACAAGAACUUUGGCUAUAACGUCCCCUAUGCCCAAGUGGCCCAUCACUCGCAGUACCUGCUGAACGACCAUACCUGGACCGUUCAGGAGAAGCGGGAGAAGAUUGAGCAGCUGACUCGGGAGGAUAUCAUCUCCUUCGUGCCCGAGUUCCUGCGUCACCUACAGGUGGAGACACUGGUGGUAGGCAAUCUUGCCAAGGAGGAUGCGGUCAGCAUCUCGCAGACCAUCAGCAACGUCCUCAAGCCCGCUCCUCUGUCUCCCUCUCAGCUGGUUAACCCCCGGUCUUUCUUGCUGCCCGACAGCUCGGCUUUCCACUAUGACGUCGAUCUGGAGGACAAAGCCAACGUCAACUCUGUGAUCGACUACAUGGUGCAGGUGGGCAAGUUCAGCAACAUUCGAACCCGGGCAUUGCUGGAGGUUCUUGCCCAGAUUGGGCAGGAGCCUUCAUUCAAUCAGCUGCGAACCAAGGAGCAGCUGGGUUAUGUAGUAUUCAGCGGCAUCAAGUCGACCCGAACCACUCUUCUCUACCGAGUGCUGAUCCAGUCGGAAAAGACGUGUUCUUACCUGGAGUCUCGAAUCGAAAAUUAUCUGAUUGAAAUUCUCGGCCCCAUGAUCCGAAACAUGAGCGAGGCUGAGUUCGACAAACAUGUGGCUGCAGUGGUUGCCAAGAAGCUGGAGAAGCGCAAGAACAUCAGUGAAGAGGCGUCACGUUACUGGUCGCAGAUCAUUAGUGGCUACUAUGACUUCAAGCAGAACUUUAAGGACGCCGAGGAGAUCAAGACGCUGAAAAAGGCGGACCUGGUGGAGUUCUACGACCGGUACGUGGACCCUGCAUCCAAAUUGCGGUCCAAGCUGGUGAUCAACCUCAAGAGCCAGGUGACCAAGGACGAGGGCCAGAUCCCCAACAGCGUGCCAAUCAUCGACCAUGCUGCGUUCAAGAACAGCCUGAGCAUGACCGAGGCGCCCGUGCCUGUGGAGGAUCUCAAAAACUACAUGGAUCCCAAGGAAAAGUUGUAA